AUGACCGUGCAGAAGCUGGAUCCAGAAUCACAUCGCGAAUGGGAACAAUUAGCGUGCAAAGAUAAUUUCGAGGAGUUACCUAAGUGGGAGGAACUUGUGAAGUUUUUACAAAGUAAAUUUCGCGCUUUAGAAUUGAAUGCCAACCCUUCAAGAGAUAAACCAUCAAGCUCACGAGGUAAAGAAUAUACAGUCCACGCCUCUACAAUACCUACCGCUACCAAAACAAGAACCUGUAUACUUUGCAAGGAUAAUCACACGCUAUGCCAUUGUAAGAAUUUUACUCAAAUGGAACCAACAGAGAGGUGUGAUUAUGUGAAGAAGUACCAGCUAUGUUUCAAUUGUUUGGCGCCGGGACACUCAGCAAGAAAGUGUCGGUUGAACAUGUCCUGCCGCAUAUGUCACAAGCGCCAUCAUUCUCUUGUUCACCAAUAUGCAAACACAAGUACAACUAAUCAAUCAGACAAUAAACAUCUUAGUGAAGAACAAACCAAAUCAAAGGAAGCUAUUGAACAAGUUGAGCUCGCAGCGCAUUUCGCCAAUAGUACAUGUACCGCACUCUUAGCUACAGCACUAGUGCCAGUUUGUGACGACUCUGGAAGAGUAACUAUACUACGUGCGCUGGUUGACCAGGGCUCCCAGGCUACGUUCAUUAGUGAGAGAGCUGCCCAACUGUUGCGACUGAAGAGAAUGCCUACACACGCAACAAUCAACGGUGUUGGCUCGACCACAACUGCCGUUAAACACGCUGCUUACAUCGAGCUGCGAUCAAGGCACGACGACAGUUUCAAGUUAAGAAUUAAGGCUUAUGUUAUGUCAACGCGAAUCACUACGCAUUUACCAUCACACACCAUCCCAACCAACACCUGGUCUCAUCUAGAAGGUCUCAUCUUAGCCGACCCAGGCUUCAAUAAACGAGGAAGAAUUGAUCUGCUGCUAGGUGUCGAAGUAUGUGCUCAAAUAUUAAGAAGCGAUAUUAUCAAAGGUCCCCCAGGUUCUCCAUGUGCUCAAAAUACCAGCCUUGGGUGGAUCUUGUUUGGAAACAUACAUGAGAAAGGGAAUACCAGUGAAUUGAUUGUGAUGCACCACAGCCUUAAUUUAGACAAGAUGUUGAAAUCAAUGUGGGAGUUGGACACGGAAGGUGAAACUACACUAACUCAAGACGAAAGAAAAUGUGAAGAAAUAUACCAAUCCACUCACUCAAGAACAGAAGACGGACGAUAUAUAGUCAAACUACCAACAAGAGUCAAUAAGUUACUAUCAACACAAGGAGGAACAAGAGAUAUAGCUAUGAAGAGACUUAAUCAAUUAGAGAAGAGACUAGAGAAGAAUCCUACACUAAGAACAGAAUACAUAAAGGUUAUGGAUGAAUAUAUAAAUAUGGAUCACAUGGAAGAGGUACCAAAGGAAGAAAUUAAUAAAGAAAGCGUUUAUCUACCACACCACGCAGUAGUAAAAGAAGAGAAGGAAACAACAAAAGUGCGUAUAGUCUUCAACGCCUCACAAAAGGGCAACAACGGCAUUUCAUUGAACGAUGAACUUCUAGUAGGACCUCAGUUACAAACUGACAUGAGAAGCCUCAUCAUGAGAUGGCGCAUGAGAAGAAUUUGUUUUGUGGCUGAUGUACAACGUAUGUACCGCAUGAUCUUAGUGACGAAAGAAGACAAAGACUUACAAAGAAUAGUUUGGAGAAGUGACCCUAGCCAACCAGUCAAAGACUACAGACUUACGCGUGUUACGUUCGGCACAGCAUCUGCACCUUACUUAGCCGUUCGAACAUUGCAUCAAGUUGCAAAUGAUGAAGGUGCGGUUUGCCCGGAAGCCGCAAAAAUGAUCAAAGAGGACUUCUACGUUGAUGAUCUAAUGGCGUCACAUGACAAUCUAGAAGAUGCAAUACACAUUGCAAAAAACGUAGAAGCGAUUCUACAGAAAGGAGGAUUUACACUACAGAAAUGGUGCUCAAACGACGCUGAUUUCUUGAGACAAUUUGAACCUGCAAAACGAACAUCACAUGCUAGUCUAGACAUUACCAUUCAUGGCACCAUCACAGCUUUAGGCCUUCGCUGGAACAUGGGCAAAGACGUGUUUCAGUAUAGCCUUAACUUACCUCCUAUAACCAACACGAUAACCAAACGCACAAUUCUCGCCGACGUCCAACGACUAUUCGACCCAUUGGGUUGGCUAGCUCCUGCUAUGUUAUCAACCAAACUAUUGAUACAAUCCCUAUGGUUACGAGGAAUCGGCUGGGAUGAAGAAGUGGACACAGAAAUAGGCAGAGACUGGAUUACUCUAAGAGAUAGUCUUCAAAAUUUGAGCGAAAUCGAAGUACAAAGAUGGCUGGGAACUACAAUCAACAAUAAUUCGAAAAUAGAAGUUCACGGGUUUUGUGAUGCCUCCACCAAAGCUUACGCAGCUGUUGCUUACGUCAGAGUCACACAAGAAACCAAAGAAGUACAAACACAAAUCAUAGCUGCAAAGACUCGAGUAGCACCAGUUAAGCCCGUCUCUCUUCCAAGGUUAGAGUUGUGCGGUGCUCUUAUCUUAUCUCGAUUACUGAAACAAAUCAAAAUAGCGAUGAGAAUACCUGAUGACAAUAUAUACGCAUGGACUGAUUCCACCAUUAUGCUCUCGUGGCUACUUGGUGACCCCACAAGGUGGCAGGUAUUUGUGAGAAACCGAGUGGUCGAAAUCUUAGAUAACACUGGUACUAAUUGGUUUCACGUACAAACAAGCGACAAUCCUGCUGAUGUUGCGUCACGCGGAGAGCAUAUUCUCGAGUUAAAGGAAGAUGAGCAAUGGUGGAAGGGCCCAAAAUGGCUAAGACAAAGGACACUUACAUUCAAUAGACCUAACAACCUAACUACACAUUUAGAAAGAAGAGAACCAGUACAGUCAAAUUUAAAACUAGAAGAGCAAAAAGAAAGCCUUGACAAACAAUUUGAUAAUUUAGAAGAACUUUUAAAAUCAAUAAUUUACUGUAAAAGGUUUCUUAAGGGCAAGAAAAUGCAAAAUAAAGAUAAAGACAUAACUACCGAAGAAAUAGAUGAAGCACUAAAUGUUUGCAUUAAAAUUACACAAAGAGAAAGAUUUCAUGAUGAAAUUACAAAUUUAAUUAAGGGAAAGGAAGUGAAAGGAGACAGCAAAUUAAAGUCCCUAAACCCUUACCUAGACCACGACAACAUUCUCAGGGUGGGCGGUAGAUUGCGCCACGCGGAUAUCUCGGAGAAUGCUAAAAAUCCAAUCAUAUUAGACAAUCACUCCAACUUAUCCAUACUUAUUGUGGAUGCUCAUCUCAAGUCAUUGCACGGUGGAAUACAAAUGAUGAUAGCCUAUCUAAGAACUAAAUAUUGGAUCAUAAAGGCAAAAAACAUGAUCAAACACAGAAUCCAUAAAUGUUUGAUAUGCUCAAGACACAGUGCUGCAACUAAAAAUCAAAUUAUGGGUGACUUACCUAAGGCCAGAGUUACUCCAGCCAAACCAUUUCUGAAUAGUGGAGUCGAUUUUGCUGGACCAUAUCAAGUGUUAGCUUCAAAGGGCAGAGGUGUCAGAACAAAUAAGGCUUAUGUCGCCGUGUUUGUUUGUAUGUCCACCAAAGCCAUCCACCUAGAAUUGGUCGGUGAUCUUACGACCGAAUCGUUCAUCGGAGCUUUCAAGCGGUUCGUUGCCAGACGUGGAAGAUGCUCACACAUCUGGAGUGACCAGGGUAGAAACUUUGUUGGAGCCAAUAAGGAGCUAGCGGCAGCAUGGAAGGAGGCAAAAUUUCAAAUUGAAGGACCAGUAGCAGAGUCUCUUGCACUGGAUGGAACGCAAUGGCAUUUCAUACCUGCCUACAGCCCUCAUGUCGGUGGUUUAUGGGAGGCGGGGGUGAAGUCCAUGAAAUACCACAUGAAGAGGAUUCUGACCAAUCACCUGACAUUCGAGGAAAUGAGCACACUUCUUUGUCAAAUUGAGGCAUGUCUAAACUCAAGACCACUCAGCCCAAUAGAUAAUGACGACACGGAUAGCAUCACACCCUUAACACCAGGCCAUUUUUUAAUUGGCGAGGCACCAAUCACUGUACCACAACCCAAUCUUGAAGAUGUUCCAAUUAAUCACCUGUCGCGAUGGAGGUACAUGCAGAAAUUACUUGGAGAUUUUUGA